AUGGGUGCUGGCCGAAAGACCACGACGUAUCAGUAUGACACGGCAAACCAAAGGAGAGGGGGAGGCGGAAGCAGCCAUCAGCGCGUUCAGUUCCGCCUGUUGCCGCGGGAGCAGCUGGCGGGGUGCGUGUUCGGAUGCACCAAGGAGACUUUUUCGGAAUGUGUCACAAAAGAGCUAUUCGGCCUGCCCUACAACCACAUGGAGUACGUUCAGAACAUCAAACCCGGCAUGCCUCUCUUCCUCUUCAACUACUCGGAUCGCCGUCUGCACGGGAUCUUCGAGGCAGUGAGCCAUGGGGAUUUGGAGAUUGAUCCCCACGGGUGGACAGGCAAGAAUGGCGGCGAGACACGGUUCCCCGCCCAGGUACUCUUCUUGCUCUCUCUACUGCUAUUGAGACACGUUUACGCUCCCCCUCCCCUUUCCCCUCCUUUCCAGGUGAAGGUUCGUCUGCGCCACAGGUGUUCUUCCCUCCCCGAGACCGCUUACGGCCCGGCCCUAUCAGCCAACUACUACUCCCCCACGCACUUCAUGUUCGAAUUAGACCACCAGCAGACCCACCUGCUUCACGAUUCAACCUGCCUUCUCUCCUUUCUACCUUGCACUCUCUUGCCCCUGUUCCCUCCCCUUUCCCCUCCUUUUCAGGUGAAGGUUCGUCUGCGCCACAAGUUCUCUCCCCUCCCUGAGUCGACCUACGGCCCGGCCCUAUCAGCCAACUACUACUCCCCCACGCACUUCUUUUUCGAGCUUGACCACCAGCAGACCCAGAAGCUCCUUGCACUGUACUGCAAGCACAACCCUGCUGCUGGCCCUUCCCGCCCUAGCAUGGCCCUUGGUCUGGAUCUUGGAACCGCCCCGAACCUCGACCUGGGCCCGGAUCCUGGUCUGGUUCCGAGCCUCCGUCCAAGCCUGGACCAUCAAUCGGCCCGAAGUUUCCUGCCGGACCUAGCCCCGGAUCUGGACACGGGCCUGGUCCAUGGAUUGGGCCUAAAGCAGGAGGGAACACCACAGCCCGAGCGGGCACAGCUGCGCGCAUCACUGGAGCAGAUACAGGCUGAGCUGGUGCAGGUGAAGGCGGCAAGGGAGGAGGAUCGGGCAGAGAUUGGGAGGUUGCGAGGAGAGGUGGUGAGGCUGCAAGGGGAUGUAUCGUUUCGUUCUUCUUCUGGACCAACGCUUCGCCAUCGAAAGGUGCACGGCGUUCGAGCUGUAGCCGAGGAUAAUAAGGUCAAGGAGGAGCUCCAGAAGAUCGCAUCUGAAGCAUCCAAGAAACUCCAGAAGAUUACUGAAGACGCUUCGCACGUCUUAGAAGACGCUGCUCAUGCCAUUGAAGACAAAGUUAAGCUUCCAACCCCCGUUGAGCUGCAAGAGCUUCAGGUGCAAACCCAGCAAGCAGCAGCAGAGGUGAAGCAUAAGGCCGAGAUUCUGGCGGAGCAGCUUAAAGUCCAAGCUGAGAAGGCAAAGGUGCAGAUUAAGGAGCAGGCGGAGAAAGCGUCGAAUCAGAUAGAAGAAGCGCUGCAUCACGUGGAGGAGAAUAAGGAGCAGAUUGUUGCUGUAGCUAAGGACGCUCCAGAACCUAUCAGGGAGAUUGUGGAGACGGCGGUUUCAUCACAUUCGAAGGACGCUGUAAGGAGAGGGGCGGUGAUCCAUGACUUCUGUCUGGGAAUUCCAUAUGGUGCCCUGCUGGUGAUUGGAGGGAUAACCUGGUUCACUCUGGCAGGGAGCGUCAACGCCCUUCGAUUUGGCAUGAUCGUUGGGGGUAUUAUCCUCGCGUGUAGCAUCUCCAGCCUCCGUGCGUGGCAGAAUCACCGUCCUUCUGCACUGUACAUUGCUAUUCAAGGAGUGCUUUCAAGCUUUGUGUUCAUUAAUGAAGCAACUCGCUUCGCUGUGACCAAGGCUCUCUUCCCAACUGGCGUGGCUGCACUUGCAAGUAUUUUCAUGGUGGCCUUCUACACAUACAUUUUCAUGUCUGGAGGAAACCGACCGAAGGCACAAACAUCAAGUCUCGCAUAG